CGUUUCGGUUAUUUUCCAAGAAGCGGAAAAGAAAAAAAAGAAAAGAAAUCGUCAAAAUAAUUUCGAUCGUUUACAUGCAUUUAGUUCGUUACCAUGGUCCAGAUCUUAUGAUAUUAAGCUUUAGAAUUCUAACUUGUAUUUGAAAUGUCUAAUUACGAACAGUUUCUUAAGUCAUCUCUCAAUAAGUAUAAGAACCCUGAUAUUGCAAAGCGUGAUGUUCUUGGUGUUUUCACAACUUUUGGUGACCUGAGGCCAAAGAUUGAUGACUUUGUGUUCAACGAUGGUACUAGGAAGUCACUAUUACAGCUAGAUGGAACCAUACCUGUUAAUUAUAAAGGUUCAAUAUACAAUAUACCGAUAUGUAUCUGGUUGAUGGACACACAUCCGUACAAUCCACCAAUGGUGUAUGUGAGACCAACAUCCACAAUGCAGAUAAAGUCAGGCAGAAAUGUAGAUAUGAAUGGAAAAAUUGAUCUUCCAUAUCUUAGAGAAUGGAAAUAUCCAAAUUCUGAUCUGCUAGGAAUGAUUCAGAUUUUAACCAUAGUAUUUGGAGAGGAACCGCCUGUGUACUCCAGACAACAGCAACAGCAGCCUCCAGUACGAUACCCGAACCAAACACCAUACCCACCCACUGGAACUGGUUCCUUCCCAAUGCCAAUGCCAGGAAUGGGCGGUUCAAAUACACCAUAUUCUGCCAAUACACCAUACCCAGCCAGUAACACUGGGUACCCACAGAAUAGCAGUUACCCAGGACAGUACACAGGGUAUCAACAGCCACCAUCAAGUGGUUACCAAGGUUACCCGACAAGCUACCCUUCAACAGCGGCUUCCUCUGGGUACCCAGGUGGUCCAACAUUUGCACCCACAUACAGCCAGACACAGGCCUCUAAUGAUCAAACCACAUCUUCAACAGCAUCAAACUACAAUACUAGUGGUACCAGCACUGUGACUGAGGAACACUUAAAAGCAUCACUACUGUCUGCAGUAGAAGACAAAAUGAAAUGGAGGUUGAAAGAAACAUUUGCUCAAGCUCAGGCUGAGAUGGAUGUUCUAUAUAAAACACAAGCAGAUUUGCUGAAAGGCAAAGACAAACUUGAAUCAAUGAUCAGAGAUCUGGAAAAAGAAAAGUCCGAGAUAGGUGCCAAUAUUGUAUUAUUGAAACAGAAGGAUGGCGAAGUGAAAGAGACAUUAUCACGUCUAGAGAACCAGGAGCAGAUUGGUAUUGAUGAUGCGGUGGUAACGACAGCUCCACUGUAUAGACAAUUGUUGAAGGCAUUUGCAGAGGAGCAGGCAAUUGAGGAUGCCAUUUAUUAUCUUAGUGAAGCUUUACGGAAAGAUGUUAUAGAUCUAGAGGUGUUUUUAAAGAGGGUGAGAGAAUUGUCAAGAAAACAGUUCAUGUUGCGAGCAUUGAUACAAAAAUGUCGAGAAAAGGCUGGAUUACCUCCCUUGGCAUGAUUGUAGAAAACACUUGACUACUUUGUUAUUAGUCAUAGUACGGUGUGAUAUUUGUUGACCAAAAUACCCAAGAAUUUGAAUGACAGCCGUGACACUUCCAUAUUACCAGUACAUCUGAACCGACUUUUAAUAGGGUACUUGACUGUUCACGGAGAAUUUUUAUUUUUUUCAUAAUAAAAAAUAGCAGCUUACAAAUUUAAUUUGACUGUGGCUAUGCAGCAGUAUUAAACUUGAAAAGCACAACCCAUCAGCAAAAUGCAAAGUUUUAACAAUGCAGAUAUUUCUUACUUGUUUUUGUUAUAAUCACAAAAAAAUUUAAGCCUCAUGAAAAGUACCGGAUCUACAGAAUGUAACAUGUUGAUUGUGUUACACUUUGCUUUUUGCUAGAAAAAUUGUAGUUAAUUUGAUAGAUUUUGUUAAACCCAAUUGAACAGUAUAAACUCGUUUUUAUACGCCCGAAGGGACGUAUUAUGUUAUGACGCUGGUGUCCGUCUGUCUGUCCGUUAGCAAUUUCGUGUCCGCUCUGUAACUCUUGAACCCUUUGAAGGAUUUCAAGGAAACUUUACACAAAUGUUCACCACACCGAGACGAUGUGCAGAGCGCAUGUUUUGGAUGUCUCGCUUCAAGGUCAAGGUCACACUUAGGAGUCCAAGGUCAUAUCACUUUGUUUCGUGUCCGCUCUGUAACUCUUGAACCCCUUGAAGGAUUUCAAAGAAACUUGACACAAAUGUUCACCACACCAAGACGACAUGCAGAGCGCAUGUUCCGGAUGACUUGCUUGAAGGUCAAGGUCACACUUAGGGGUCAAAAGUCAUGUCAGUUUGUUUCUUGUCCGCUCUGUAACUCUUGAACUGCUGGAAGGAUUUCAAAGAAACUUGGCAGAAAUGUUCACCACAUUGUAACGAUGUGCAGAGCGCAUGUUCUGGAUGACUCGCUUCAAGGUCACACUUAAGGGUCAAAGGUCAUAUAUGACUUUGCUUUGUGUAUAUUGCUCUGCAUUGCAGUGCUCUUGUUUUUAUUUGGCAGAUCUCUUUUUUGUACUUACAAUAUGUUUUUUUUUUUUAAUUACUUCCCUUUUAUGUUACUAUAAAUAGCUUAUUUUGAAACUUUUUUAUUAUUGGCCGUAGGGAAAAACCGAGACCACUUUUCUGUGGUACAACAUGGAUGGUACCUCCAAUUUUAAAGUGUAUUUUUACAUACCUGUACCUGAUAAGGAUUUUUUUGUAGACUUUGAAUAUUUUUUUUGUGGACUUAGAUUUGUUUUUUGAAGUUUUCCUUUUGUUGUUCCAGUCCUUUGGGGCUACAACAGUCAAGUUCUUAAAAUUUUGUUUCCAUCCUAUGAUGUAAGCCUUCGGGCGUAUAUUGCCCCGCUUGGCGGCGCUCUUGUUACUGAAUACCCUUGUGCAUAUGACAUUUAAAUUCUAUUUUGUUAAAAUUACCUAUGCUUGCUCGGAGGCUUUCUUGCUCACAUAUGUAUGUAAGAUAGACCCAGUAAGUUUUCAUGAUCUUGUAAUUCUGGUAAUUCUUAUUGCACCUUUUCUUCCUCUUUGUUGAAGAUUGAAUGAUACAUAACCAGUGUCCUCUGGUCAAAAAGGUUAUUUUGGCUCACCUAACAUAAAAGUGGCCUGCUUAAAAGUGUGAAAAUAAAAGUCCUCCCUCAAACCACAUAUAUGUUCACAGAAUAUAACUAAAUGGCUAUGGUUUACAGAAUAUUUUUUGCUUUGUGUGAAUUUGUUCAUGAAAAUUAAGUCUUAUUUGAAGAUUUUUUGAGGGUUUACGAAUUUUUUCAUUACACACUUUUAAAAGCGCCUAUGGUGUAUCAAAAUCUCAUUGCUUUCAGAAGGCAAACUUAUACCAUUUAUUUGUGUAAAUGGAUAGAGUGCAGUUCAGUUUGUUUAACUUGUUUUAGGUGUACAAAAUAUGCACAUGUGUUGUUGCUUUUAGGCAUACAUUUUGUAUAUUGUUUUGAAAAGGUUUUUGGUUUGGAAGUUUAUAUUCAUUCUUAACCAUCAUAUUGAUGGAAUGUGAUGCUAGAGUUGUGCAAGAUGAAACCAGUCUGACUGUGAAUGUGAAAUACAUAAUUACAUGUACAGUUGUGUCUUCACCUAAAAUUUAACAUUGUGUCAGAAAAGCCUACAUCAUUCCGUUUACUUGGAUUCAAAUAUUUAGUAUCAUUCGGGUUAAGGCCAUAAAAGUAGAAUUCAAGAAAUCCAUUUUCUCAAUAAAAUUCAAGUCUUUAUACUAUGAUGAUGGUGCAGAUCAUUUGUAUCAUGUCUGUCUUUGCCAUACAACAUACCAGAGCAGUUCUUUGGCUUAUUUCAGAGGUUAUAACACUUUUGUUUUGUUAUUUUAGAUUUUGAAAAAGCUAGUUCUUGAAAAUUGUUUGUAACAAAUGCGUGAUUUUUAGCCAAAAUUCCUCUAAAGUCGUAUCGUCCACUACUACUUAAAGAAGAUAAAGAAAAAAUGAAGACAAUUUGAAAGAAAGUAUGGUAUUUGAUCACGUAUUGAUCAUGUUACGCGCAAGUAACGAUCUAUGACAGCAUUUUAUCUCAAUUUACGGAGUGUAAUUUCUCCAUUAACAAGUUGAUAUCAAGAUGUCGUUUCAAGAAAAAUAGUCCUUGAAAAAGUAAGAGUAGUACUUGAACGGUCCUUGAAAUUUAUUCUUAUGUUCUUUUCAAACUCUGUUUAUGAAUACAUGAAUCUGGCACAACCUUAAGAAGAAUCUUUAUAGAGGAUAUUACACAACUGUCUAUUUAUACUGGAUUAAGCGAAUUGAAUAAAGUAAUAAAAUGCGAGGAUCUUUGGAGCAUCUUAUCAAUUUUAUUCAACUAGUUUAAUUAAUUCAAUGUGAUGAGACAAAAUGCAAUAUUCUUUUUAUCACAUGUAAACUUUUCUUGCUGAAAUACAAAAAUUUCUUCUUUCUUAACCUAUUAUAUAGAUCAUGAAAAUUUGACUAAUGUGUCCUAUACUUAAAUGGACUAACCCACACAUUUUAAGCAAAAAAUACUUUCUCUCAUUAAUCCAUAAAAAGGGAGUCCUCUGAAAGUGAAUAUUGGUACAAACAUACUGACAUAGGAUUAUUGCAAGGUGUUCUUAUAAAUAACCGAAAAUAGUGUGCAAAAAGUAGUGUACGGUUGCAACGCUUUCGAAGUAAUGCAGUAAAUUGACAUACUUCUUGCACUUUUAUACGCCCGUUUGAAAAACGGGACGUAUUAUUGGAACGCCCCUGGCAGGUGGGCGGGCGGCGUCCACAGACUUUGUCUGGAGCAUAUCUUCUUCAUGCAUGGAGGGAUUUUGAUGAAACUUGGCACAGUUGUUCACCAUCGUGAGACGGAGUGUCAUGCGCAAGAACCAGGUCCCUAGGUCUAAGGUCAAGGUCACACUCAGAUCAAAGGUCAAAUUCAAGAAUGACUGUCCUCUUCAUGCAUGGAGGGAUUUUGAUGAAACUUGGCACAAUUGUUCACCAUCAUGAGACGGAGUGUAAUGCGCAAGAACCAGGUCCCUAGGUCUAAGGUCAAGGUCACACUCAGAUCAAAGGUCAAAUUCAAGAAUGACUGUCUGGAGCAUAUCUUCUUCAUGCAUGGAGGGAUUUUGAUGAAACUUGGCACAAUUGUUCACCAUCAUGAGACGGAGUGUAAUGCGCAAGAACCAGGUCCCUAGAUCUAAGGUCAAGGUCACACUUAGAGGUCAAAGGAUACAAGAAUGAAAACUUGGUCCGGAGCAUUUCUUCUUCAUGCAUGGAGGGAUUUAAUUUUGAUACAACUUGGCACAAAUGUUCACCACCACGAGGUGGAGUGUCUUGCACAAGAACCAGGUCCCUAGGUCUAAGGUCAAGGUCACACUUAGAGGCCAAAGGUCAGAUACAAGAAUAACUUUGUCCAAAGCAUUUCUUCUUCAUGCAUGGAGGGAUUUUAAUGUAACUUGGCACAAUUGUACACCAUCAUGAGACGAAGUGUCAUGCGCAGGUCCCUUCUUUAGAAUUACUUCCCUUUGUUGUUACUAUAAAUAACCUAUACUGUAACUUUUUUAUAAUUGACCAUAGGAAAAAACCAAGAUCACUUUUCUGUGGUACAAGAUAGAUGUUACUUUCAAAUUUUAGGUGUAUGUUAUGGUAUCUCUACUUGGUAAGGAUUUCUUUUGUGGACAUAGAAAAACAAAAGAAUUACAAUAAUUACUAAACAGCCACAAAGUUAAGAUUCCAUUUGCAAACACAGCUGCUAUUUGUUAAUUUGCUGCGACGGGCGUAUAUUGUGACAUUCUUGCACUCUUGUUACCAAUAUCUAACUUUUAUUCUCACCCACUUUAUCAUUUUUCAGUGUUAUAUAUACAUUCUAUGCUAAACUUGGUGGAAAUGAACAUGAUGAAAAAUUUCACACAAACUCUGAGAGAGUAGCUUUAAAAUGGCAUCAACACUUUAUUACACUGGUGAAAUAUCAAAUUUAUGCAUUUGCUUUAUUUUACUCCCACAAUGUCAAACGUGAUACAGAAGGAAAUUCACUUCCAGACUAAAAUAAGUUACUACAGUCAGAAAUAGAUGAGUUAAUUUCACUUCACGAUUUUCUGCUACUCGUUAAAAAGUUAUUUUUACUGUAUUUUUCUGUUACAUUUUUACACAUAAACCUUUUUUAUUUAUAUUAUGCCCCAAAUAUGAAAUCAGUGUACUGUAUGUAUGAAGACAUUAUUGUUAAUUUAUGUGUAUAUAUUAAAUUUUUUUAUAAAAU